UAUCACUUUUAUUGUCAGACUUACAUGCAUUUGGCAGGAAUUUCAGUUCCCAACUCAAAAUGAAUCCAAAAAUAUUGUUCAAGAAAAGAAAUGUUCCUUUUAACAGCUAUGAAUUUUUGCUCACUGUUCUGUUUAUAAUGUCCCUAUGUAUUUGUACUGUUUUAUUAACAUUUUUGUGGCUGUUCAACAAGACAACUGAACAAGGAGCAAAUUACCAUGAAACAGAGGGAAUAUUUACAAUAAAGUCAGGAGCAUUGUUCACCCCAGCUUUGCAAAAUAAAUCAUCAACAGCCUUCAAAGUUCUUGCCUUUGAUGUUCAGCAAAUGGUGGAUGAUAUAUUAUAUUCAAGUCAACUUCAAAAUGAAUAUAAGGGAAGUAAAGUUAUACAGUUCAGAAAUGGUAGCAUAAUUGUACAGUUCGAGCUUUUCUUUGUACGACUGGUGUCUGAAGUAAAGAUAAAGAAUGAAUUGGUCUAUGGCAUCAAAGCAAAUAAGAGUGAACUUUUACAGACUCUUACUAUUGAUGUGAACAGCAUCGAAAUAACAGGUUUGGGAAUAUCUAGUACAAGCAGUCCUUUGACAACACCUGGUUUGGGAAUAUCUAGUACCAGCAGUCCUUUGACAACACCUGGUUUGGGAAUAUCUAGUACAAGCAAUCCUUUGACGACACCUGGUUUGGGAAUAUCUAGUACCAGCAGUCCUUUGACAACACCUGGUUUGGGAAUAUCUAGUACAAGCAAUCCUUUGACGACACCUGGUUUGGGAAUAUCUAGUACCAGCAGUCCUUUGACAACACCUGGUUUGGGAAUAUCUAGUACAAGCAGUGCUUCGACAACACCUGGGAAAUGUUUACCUUCAGAUGAACUUUGUGCUGAUGGUGUAAGCUGCAUCAGAAAGGAAUUAAUUUGUGAUGGAAUACCGAACUGCCCAGAUGGCUCUGAUGAAUAUGAAAAAAAAUGUGCUACACCCUGUGAUGGAAAAUUCAUUCUAGUUGGCUUGUCUGGAUCUUUCCAUUCUAUUCAUUAUCCAGAACCCUAUAGUUCAAAUCUUGUUUGUCGAUGGAUAAUAAAUAUGGAGAACCACCUAUCUAUUAAGAUAAACUUCACUGCUUUUGAGACACAAAAUUAUGUGGAUACCCUAAAUAUUUAUGAAGGUGUAGGUCCAACAAAGAUAUUAAGAGCUUGCAUCUGGGGUUCUAAUCCUGAAACAGUUUAUAUUUUUUCUGAUAAAGCCACUGUAGAAUUUGUCACAGACUAUUCUGAAAACUUAAAUGGUUUUAAUGCAACCUACACUGCACUUAAUACAAGUGAGCUAACCAACAAUGAAAAAAUCAACUGUACUUUUGAAGAUGGAUUUUGUUACUGGAUCCAAGAUCUAGAGGAUGACAGUGAAUGGGAGAGAAUUAAUGGCCCUACCUUUCCUAUUACAUCUGGCCCAGAUUUUGAUCAUACCUUUGGCAAUUUAUCAGGCUACUAUAUUUCAACACCAAUAGUUCCUGGAAGCAUACCAGUGACAGUUCAACUAUUUAGUUUACCCUUAGACCCCAUUUCAGAUGCAUUCUGCCUAAGUUUCUGGUAUCACAUGCAUACCAUUCAUGAAUAUCAUCUAACUAUUAAAAUUAUAUAUGACCAUUACACUGAAAAGAUCAUCUUCCAGAAAGAAGGAAAUUAUGGAAAUAACUGGAAUUAUGGACAAAUAACAUUAAAUGAAACAUCUAAAUUUAAAGUUGCUUUUGAAGCCUUGAAAAAACCAGGUUGGGAUAAUAUUGCCAUUGAUGAUAUAGGACUUUUUGAUGGACUCUGCACUGAAAAUAUUUAUCCAGAACCCACUUUGGUCCCUACAGUUCCUACAACACCUCUGUUACCAACUGAUUGUGGAGGUCCAUAUGAUUUGUGGGAACCAAAUACUACAUUUACUUCAGUGAACUAUCCAAACAACUACCCCAAUAAGGCAUCUUGUGUAUGGCAUUUGAAUGCAGAAAAAGGAAAAAAUAUUCAACUUCAUUUCCAGUAUCUUGAUCUGGAAAAUAUUUAUGAUGUUGUAGAAAUCAGAGAUGGUAGAGGAGCUGAAUCUUUAUUAUUGGCUGUAUAUACUGGAAAAUCCCCAGUGCCAGAUGUAUUCUCUACAACUCACCAAAUGACUGUGCUCUUCAAUACAGACAAAUCUGGAACCAGAAAAGGAUUUGUAGCCAAUUUUACUACAGGUUACCAUCUAGGCAUGUCAGCUCCAUGUGGACUCAAUUAUUAUCAGUGUAGAAGUGGAGAGUGUAUACCUCAGGUUCACAUUUGUGAUCAAUCCCAGCACUGUAAAGAUAAUUCCGAUGAAGCAAAUUGUGUGCGCUUGAUCAAUGGUUCUCUCAGCUCCAGCGGGUUGGUCCAAUUCAACAUUCAGAAUAAAUGGCAUUUAGCUUGUGCUGAUGAGUGGACUGAAGAAUCAUCAUCCAGUAUCUGCAACUUGUUAGGACUAGGAAGUGAGAACAAAUCGUCCCCUGUCUUGUUUACUGGGGCAGGUCCAUUUGUAGAAGUUACAAAAACAGCUAACAGCAGCUUCAUACUAACACCAAGGGUACAGUGCUUCAAUAAUUUGGUGAUUCACUUGCGAUGCAGUGGUAAAUCUUGUGGAAAAAGAAUGAUUGCCCAGAAAUAUAGACCGAAAAUUGUUGGUGGUUCUGAUGCUCAGGAAGGUGCUUGGCCUUGGAUGGUCUUGCUAUAUUUCAAUUCCAUGCCAACCUGUGGGGCUUCUCUUAUCAACAAUGAAUGGCUAGUCACAGCUGCACAUUGUGUAUAUGGGAGGAAUUUAAAACCAUCUCAGUGGAAAGCAGUUCUUGGUCUGCAUACAAAUCUCAGUCUACGAUAUCCUCAAACAGUCACCCAAGAGAUUGAUCAGAUUAUCAUCAAUCCCCAUUAUAAUAAGCGAACAAAAGACAGUGACAUUGCUUUGAUGCAUCUCCAAUUUAGACUGAAUUACACAGAUUAUAUUCAGCCCAUUUGCUUCCCAGAAAAAAAUAAACAAUUUUUGCCAGGAACUAAAUGCUCUAUUGCUGGCUGGGGAAAAACCACACAUCAAGGUUCAAUUGCAAGUAUAUUGCAAGAAGCAGAAGUUCCUCUUAUAACACAUCAGAAAUGCAAGCAACUGAUGCCAGAGUACAAUAUUACUGAAAACAUGAUAUGUGCUGGAUAUGACGAAGGAGGAAUUGAUUCCUGUCAGGGAGAUUCUGGUGGGCCUCUGAUGUGUCAAGAGAAUAAAAAGUGGUUUCUGGUUGGUGUAACAUCCUUUGGCUACAAGUGUGCACUGCCGUAUCGCCCUGGAAUUUAUGUGGACGUUUUGAAAUUUGUGGACUGGAUAAAAAAUACCAUUAAUUAUUAGCAUUAAAAAAAACCUAGAAAUAAUAUAGGAUUCAAAAGGAAAGGAUGUGAGUGUAGCAUCCAUACAAUAACAUUUGACAGAAGCAGGCGAAAAUUAAUAAUUCAAAUUAUGUCCAAGUAUGUCUUUGAAGCAAUCUGAACAAAUUCUUGAAGUUUCACUAACUGACAGUUAUCAGGAUUGCAAUAUUUUUCUUCCAGCUACUCUCUUAAGGCUUGAAUAGGAAAAGGGAAGAGGAUCUAGGAUAACAAAAUGAAACUACAACCCUCAGUAGAACUGUCCCUUUAAACUUACUGACAAGGGCAGUCCUCAUAGUUUUCCAAGACAGAAAACACCAUGACUGAAACUCUUAUGGCUUUCAAGGUGCAGAAUCCACUGGAGAUGGGUGGCCAAUAAAUAUAAAUAUUAUAAUAAUAAUAAUAAUAAUAAUAAUAAUAAUAAUAAUAAUAAUAAUAAUAAUAAUUUCUUUUGUAAGAGAUUCUUAAAUGACUGCUUACUUCACAUGAUAAUGAGAUACCAGUAUAUAAGUUUAUAUGUCAUUACUAAGGUUCCAAUCAGAAAACCUCAGUCACAUACCUCCCUGAUCAUUUCCUAUUAACUCAGUUUAUUAGGAAAGAAAUUCAAAGUGUAUGCCAAGUUUAUGCAAAAAUUCAGGAUAUUGAUUAGCAGUACAUAUGAAACUCCCAUGUCUAGUCAAGUGAACUAGAAAAUAUUAUGGGUCAAAGCAUUCAAAUCAAGUAGGUAACUUUCUAUUCUCAUGUUAAUUGAUUUUAGAUUUUUUUUCCUGCAGUGCAUGAUAGAGUAACCAAACAAUUACUGUAUUUAGUAUACAAUGAGAAUCAUUGAAAAAUAACUCACAGCUAUAAAGACCAGCUUUCUAUUGAAAUCAAUAGGGUAUGCUUUAUAAUGCUAUUUCUGUGAAAUCACAUUAUGUGUGUACAUAUUUCAUUCCUAUGAGAAGUUGUUCAAGUCAUUUCUGUAUUUUUAAACGAAAUAAAAUUAAUCUGGAUUCAGAUAUUAGAAAUUCAGAAAUAACAGCUAAAUACCCACAAUAGUCUUGAAAUUAUAAUUAAAUUAUUACUUGAUUAUGCCAAAUUAACCAUUCUGCAUGUAGCUUAGCACUGAAUUUAUAAUUCAUAUUUCUCAGAGUUUGUUUCUUAAUACAAACAAUUAUCAACUUUUCUCUUGAAAACUGCAGGAGAUGAAGUAAGUAUCACACAUCAGGUCUCACAAACCUGCAUUGGUACACAUGAUACUAUUUAAAAUAAAUUGUUUUCAGUAGAAACAAUUGUAAUAUACAUAUGCAACUCACUGAAUGUUGGAACAGAAAUAUGAGAAUGGAUCCAGUAUGUAUGCAUUAGUCCUAGUUCCACUGCUGUUAAUGUACAAGUAGAGGCUUCUGCUGUUAACAUAUGUUUCCAUGUUAGCCAAGGAGAACAUCUCAACAUCACUUUCUUCUUUGCUUUAAGGAAAUAACCAGCACAAUAGCAUCAAACUCAGCUUUUGGUUAUUUCAUAGAUAUUUCUGUCAUUUUUUUGGCAGCAAUAUGGAAGCAAUUUGCUCUUGCCUUUUUUGGGGGGAGGGGGAGAGUAUUUUUUUAACUUCCAAGUCUGGCUCACAGCCCUGAUAUUUCCUGGUAGUCUUUAAUUUAAACAGAAUCACUAGGAUAAGGAAUAUUUCUCAGCAGCCGUAUAUGCAAAAGUUAGGCAUCCUUGAUCAAAUUGUUUGCUUCAAUGAAUUCCUAAGUGAAUAGAAGCUGACACAGCCUCUGUAUGGUACAAAGUUGAAAAUGGCAUCUUUUGCAAAUCUGAAUGCACAUUUAGUAUUUGUGUGCAGCUGUUUACAGAUUCAGAAUACGGAAAGAGUGAAUGUAGCAAGUGCAAAGGUUUGUAUAUCUUUUCAUUCAGUUCUUUGUAGCACAUCUUUUGGCAGAGAUAACAGUUUCAAAGUAUUUCCUGUAAUCAGUUCAGAUCCUUUCUACUCUUGCUUUUGGGAUCUUUCCCCAGUUUUCCUUGCAGAAUUCUUCUAGCCCAGAAAUAAUUUAUUCACUGCAUGUUUGAAAUCUCCCCACAAUUUCUUGUAAUUUGACUGUGAAACCCAAUCAAACCCCUUUGUGUUUCUUUCCUGUAGGUACUUCAUGGUGGCUUGGAGAUAUGUUUCUGAUCACUGUUUUGAUGAAAUAUCCAACCUGUUUUCAGCUUAAAUUUCAUCACUAACAAUGGGACAUUAAGGUAUGUUGAUAUUUAGAUGAAUCUAUUUUUCUAUCCAUUCACACAGUAUUUCCUGUGCUAUUGGCUGACAUGUGAAUCCAAAACAUUACAGAACCAUCUCCAUGUUUAACUGGCAAAAAGUUCUUUUCUUCAAAAGCUUUAUUGUUCUUUUCUUCUUCUUCUUCAAAUGAAUCUUAAUGGUAUGUGGGUGAAAAGUAUUUUUUGUUUGUUUGUUUGUUUAAUCAGUUCAAAGCACUUUGUUCCAAAAUAUUUAAGUCUUAUUAGGGUUUCCUUUUCCAUACUAUAGACAAUCACUUUUGUAAUAAAGUUGAAAACUACUUCCUCUAACAACAUUUUCUUACAUAUCACUGUUGUACUGAGGAUCUGUUUUACAGACCUGAGCAGUUUUGAGGCAGUUUCACAAAUAUUUUUCUUGGUCUUCAAACCUGAUCUUCUGUAAAGCGAAUGGGAACAAAAAUUCCAAAAGAACAGAAAGACUCUUAGCUGGCUACAGGAAAUAUUUUGAAGCUGUUAUUUGUAUCAAAGGAGAUAUUUACAAGAUAAAUAUUCAGACCCUUGAACUGCCAUUUUCACUGUUUUCUCAUUUUGAAUCUAUUAAAAAAAAAAACCCUGCACACAAAUAGUGUAUGCAUUCAAGUAUGCAAAAGUUAUUAUAUUUAACUUUGUACUAUACAGAAGUGGUACCAGCUUCUGUCACUCAGGGAUACAGUGAUACAAUUUGACAAGGACUGCUUAAACCUUUUUAUGCAAUUGUAUUGUUCUGCGAGAGAGAGGGGAGGGAGGGAAGGAAGUCCAUGACAGUCUUUACAUCUCAUACCUGUGCUGUUCAGGAUUUCUAAGAGUCAGUGUUAUAGCAUUUCUACUAGCCUCAGAGUGCCUUCUUUUUUCCAGAAUAAAAACAAACAAAACAGAACCAGAUACCAGAUACCAGUAUGGAACAAGGUAUCAAACCAUACAUUUCUGCCAUUGCUUGUUCCAACAGUAAAGCAUACAUAGGAAAAGCUACUUUCUCUUUCAGUUUCUUUUCAGGGAAUUGAAUGUACUAAUUGUACUAUUUUUGUACUAAUUAAUAUGACCUGAGUAGAAUAAUUUGUGCUAACUCUGGACAAGCAUUAUCAAAAAGUAGAUGGUAGCAAAGAAUAAUCAAGUACUGUGCAUCAUUUUUCUUGCCUAAAAAAAAUCUUAUCAUUCACAUGAAUAGUACUGACAAAUUUCUUUACAUAUAUGGAACGACAAUAAACUCACAUUCUAGUGUAGAAUUUUUUAUGCAAAGAUAAAUUAUCUUAUUACACCAUAAGUUCAUAUUAGCUGGAACUACACUCUAUCCAUUACUGAGAAAUAAUACAAUACAUGAGAAAUUAAUAAUGGAAAUAAAUGUUAACAGUUAAAUUAGAAAUAUUUGUUCUAUAACUGACACAGGGAAUAAAUUCAAAAUGUUCUGUCCAUCUCAUUAGUAUCCGUAGCCGAGUUAUUUUUCUUUAGC